AUGAUGAUAUUAGGUGGGAGACUUAGACGUGGUGCAUCCACCAACUCACACAGGCAAUCAAUCUUUGGGCAAGUGCUACGAGGUGGAGGAUGUGAUGGGGGAGGAUUUGGUGAAAGGGAUGGAAGAGGCAGUGGCGGUGGAGAAAAUGGUUGUGGUGGAGGUGGUGGCGGACAUGGUGGCGGAGGUGGUAGAGGUAUUCUUGGUGGUGCCAUUAUAGAUGGAGGUGCUGGGAUGCGUGGAGAGGUUGGAGAACGGCUUUGGACGACUUGGGUUCUGGCGAGGAGAAGAAUGUUGAGUGCAAGUAAGAGAGCUACGAUUUUUAAUGAACAAUGUAGGGCCAUUUUGUUUCUGGACGACCACAAGCGCCUGAAAGGAUGA